GCCGGCGGGGAGCGGGCUCUAGCCAUAUGCAAAUGCCGGCACGCCGGGGUUUGCUCGAGGCGUUGCGAAACCAUCCUUGAUUUCGGGCUGGGUUUUGAUUGAGGAUUUUUUUUUCCCCUGCUUCCCAUUUCGUUCUCUUUCCAGCUUCUCCUUUUCUUGGAUCCUCGCCUGUCUCCUCCCACAGAACGAGUGCGAGAGAGAGAAAAAAAAAGGUCACGUAUGUUUGGAAAAAUAUGUAGGUCAGUGGAACAUUCCCUGCACUUGUGCAAACGGAGACGGGGAGGCAGAGCUCCUCUGCAGCCCUUUCGCUACCCACCUCCCCAGCCCGUCCCUCCCCGCAGCCCGCCGCUCUCCAAAGAGGGGAGGGGGCGCGUAGUCAGCGGGUUCCCUUUUCCCCCCUCCCUGACCCAUUUUGCACACAGGCUCCGGGUUUGGGCUCCCCCCCCACCCCUUCCUUCCCCGGGAGAGAGCGAGCGGCAGAGGAAGCCGGCGCGGGCGAGCGCGGUCCUUGCGCGCCGCCGCCGCCGCCAGCCCCGGGGCCGCGGCUCCCCACGGGCGCGGGGCGCCCCCCCCGCGCCACCGACCGAGGGCGCGGGGCGGCAGCCCGCCGGCGAGGAGGAGGAGGAGGAGGAGGACGGCGAUGAAGGACCCGCGGAGAGGAUGCCCCCGCCUCGCCCGAGGGGCUCCAACUUUGCGGACAACUAUCGGCCCCGCAGCCCCCGCGCCCGCCCUGCCCCUCCCGGCCGCGCAUUUAACUUAAUGCACCAGCGGGAGCCCGAGCCAGCAGCCCCCCCGGCCCCCGGCCUCCUCCCCCCCCCGCAGCAGCCCGGGCUCCCGGCGGCCUCCCGCUGCCGGCGGAGCCCCUGGCCCCGGCGCGCGUGGGUCCCGCGGCGCCCGGGCAGGCGGCAGCGCGGCAUGCGGCGGCCCCGCGCACCAUGAGACACGGCAGCGGCACCGGCGGCAGGCAGGCGGCGGCGGGCAGCGUCCCCGGCUCGGCGGCUGCGAGGAAGAGUUUGCCGGCUCCCGAGCCCGGCCUCCUGCGCGCCUGGAGCAGUGGCGGCCGCUGCCGCAGCGGCACCGGCAGGCACCGGAAAAGCGGCGGCAUCCAGCCCGGCACCGGCACCGGCACCGGCACCGGCGGCGCCCAGGUGGCCACCGCGGACAGCAGCAGCAGCGGCGGCGGCGGCUGGGGCUUCCCCGCCGCGCUCCCGCAGCACCGGCCCCCCAGAAAAAACUGCUUAGACAAUCUAAUGGAUGAAGAUGAGAAAGACAGGGCAAAGAGGGCUUCGCGUAACAAGUCUGAGAAAAAGAGACGCGACCAGUUCAAUGUUCUCAUCAAAGAGCUCAGCUCCAUGCUUCCAGGCAACACCCGCAAAAUGGACAAAACUACUGUGCUGGAAAAAGUCAUUGGCUUCCUGCAGAAACACAAUGCUGCCCAAGGCAGAGUAAAGGAGAAUGUGACUAUGCUCAGUUAUAAGGCCAAGCAAAGAACCAUCACACGGGAUUUGAAAGUCUCGGCACAGACAGAGAUUUCUGAAAUUCAGCAGGACUGGAAGCCUUCAUUUCUCAGCAAUGAAGAAUUCACCCAGCUGAUGUUGGAGGCAUUAGAUGGCUUCAUUAUAGCUGUAACCACAGGUGGAAGCAUCAUCUACGUGUCUGACAGCAUUACACCUCUUCUAGGGCAUUUACCGUGCGAUGUCUUGGAUCAGAAUUUGUUAAAUUUCCUCCCAGAACAAGAACACUCAGAAAUUUAUAAGAUGUUGUCUUCUUGUAUGCUUAUGACAGAUUCUGCCUCAUCGGAUUACCUAAAAACUGACAAUGAACUAGAGUUUUAUUGUCAUCUUCUGAGAGGAAGUUUGAACCCAAAGGAAUUUCCAACAUAUGAAUACAUAAAAUUUGUAGGAAAUUUUCGGUCUUACAGCAAUGUGCCUAACUCCACUUGCAACGGCUUUGAUGAUGCUGUUCCAAGGGCUUACAGAACAUCACCAGGAAAGCAGAUCUGCUUUGUUGCUACUGUUCGUUUGGCAACGCCUCAGUUUUUGAAGGAGAUGUGCAUAGUUGAAGAACCUUUAGAGGAAUUCACUUCAAGGCACAGUCUGGAAUGGAAAUUUUUAUUCCUGGAUCACAGGGCACCACCGAUUAUAGGAUACUUGCCUUUUGAAGUGCUGGGUACUUCUGGCUAUGACUAUUAUCAUAUAGAUGACCUAGAGCUGCUAGCAAGGUGCCAUGAACACUUGAUGCAGUUUGGCAAGGGGAAGUCUUGCUGCUACCGGUUUUUGACCAAAGGACAACAGUGGAUCUGGCUACAGACCCAUUACUACAUCACGUACCACCAGUGGAACUCCAAGCCGGAGUUCAUUGUGUGCACACACAUGGUAGUAAGUUAUGCAGAUGUUCGGGUGGAGAGGAGACAAGAGAUGGGCUUGGAAGAAGUGUCCUCAGAGGUUGUGUCCUCAGCACUAAAGGACAGUGGCUCUAGCUUGGAUCCUGAACAGCACUUUAAUGCACUCGAUAUUGGUGCCUCAAUCCUCAGUGCUAGUCGGACACCCUCAGUAUCGUCCAGGAGUUCCCCAAAAUCCUCCCACACACCGAAGUCAGACCCUGCAUCUACACCGACAAAGCUGAUUGCAGAGCCCAACGCUCCCUUGCAAAGAACUCCUAGCACGCAGCAGGAUUUGUCCGUGCAUAGACUCAGUCAGCCUACUGCUCUUCAGGCUUCUUUGCCUUCUCAGCCUUCAUGUGAGCUUCUCCCACAGCAGUUGCUGCCCCAAGCAACUUUGCCAAAUCAGCCUGCACCUCUGGCACAGUUCUCAGCACAGUUUAGUAUGUUCCAGACCAUCAAGGAUCAGCUCGAACAAAGAACCCGGAUCCUGCAGGCCAACAUUCGGUGGCAGCAAGAGGAACUCCAGAAAAUACAGGAGCAACUCUGCUUGGUCCAGGACUCCAGCGUACAGAUGUUUUUACAGCAGCCAACAGUGUCCCUGAGCUUUAGCAAUAUUCAACAGCCUGAGCCACAACAGCUACAGCAGAGGCCAGGGGUCAUUUCUCAGCAGCAGCUUGUUCCCAGUCCUCAACUUCAAGGGCAAAUUGCAUCUUCACAAACAGUGAACCAGCAAGCACUGAGAGAAGCCAGUGUGAUAUCAAGCCAGGCCCCCAAGGCAGCGAGGAGCGCGGAGCCGGCGCCGGGCGGCGGCCGCCCCCCCCGCAGCGCGCCCUUCGCCACCGCGGCGGCCCCUGGCGCCCUGCCGCGGGGCAGCACCCCCGGCCCCGCCGGCGCCUGCGGCCAUGACCAGCAGCUCAGACUGCUGCUCAGCCAGCCUAUUCAGCCAAUGAUGCCUGGGUCCUGUAACACAAGACACCCUUCAGACCUCAGCAUGGCCGGAUCCCAGGCGAAAUAUUCUCAAAACCAACAAAUGUUUCAAAGCCUGGAAGUGCAGACUUCCAGCAGCAGCUCUCCGAUCGUUCUGAUGGGACAAGCAGUGUUAAACCAAGGGUUCUCCACUACCCCUCCUUCCCAGCCAUCCUCUCUGCUACCUAUGCAACUCCAGCACCAACAGCAUCAGCAACAACACUACCUGCAGGUGCAAACAGCAAGUUCUUUGCACAAUGAGCAACCUGAUUCUUUGCUCCUGCCAUCCUACUCACCACAGCAAGGAAAUAUGGGGUAUCAUCAGACACAGCAGCAGCAGCAGCAGCAGCAGCAGCAGCAGCAGCAACUAACACCAAGAAGAAGCAAUAGCUUAUCGGAAUCAUCAAAUUUACCACAGCCACUGCGAUAGAGUCCCACCAAGCACAAUCAAUGCACGAUUAGCUUUAACCAAGGGGCACACGGGGCAGAGGAGAAUGACUCUGUACUUACUGUUUUGGCUUUUGCACAAGCAUUUGUUUCAAAGCUCCAUGACAGAAGUAGGCCACAGAGUGCAGACUGCCACAGACAGCGCUCAUUCAAGGCAUGCUGGGUUCAGUUUGCACUGUCUCGUGAGUACAGUAUGUACUGUCAGAGCAAAAUAAAAAGGAACACUAUCCUGUGCAAACUCCAGCAUCGAUGGGAGCACAGGAGGGAGAUCAAUCUUUGUGUGUCACUCUAAAAGUGACCUAGCAAUUCCAAAAGACUGUGCAUAGACACAUGAGGUACUUGGCCUUCACUGUUUCAGUUCUUCUUUUGUGUAUGAAAAGCACUGCGUCAAAGGUCUAUCGAGGAGAGAACAAAAGAUUAUUUUUAUUAUGAUUAUUGUUAUUAUUUUGCACAACUGCACAGAGGAUGAAACCCAGGCACUUUCUGUAAAGAGAAAUUUCCUUAUUCUUGUGGCCAAAUUAGCACAUCCAAUGGAGAAUGAAGCCCAGUCAUUGGUGAAGAUACUCUACAGCUCAUAACCCUUGAUUUAGAAUCUGAACAGUAUUAUGCAGCUUACCCUACCUGUUCAUCAUGACUAAAAACAAAAAAACACUGGACUGUUUUCUAUGUGAAUUGCAAUUGCAAAGGAGAACUCAAAUUAUAAGCACAAUCAUGCAACUCUCCAGUAAUACAACAUGGAUCCUUCUUCAAACUGAGUAACUCACCCACAGCAAGUCUCUGAGGAAUAUGCACUGUGUUUUGGCCCAUUGACUUGGGAUGCUGCAGACUAUUACAUAUCUCUUUCAUUAUAACAUUUAGGAUGAAUUUUCCUUUGGGGGGGAAAAAAGAAAUGCACUUUUCGCUUUUUUUGUAUGUUUUCUGUUGAUAUGUUUCUAAGAAAGAUUUUAUGUAAUUAUUAAAUAAAAAGUAGUGUAUUGUACAGCUGUUGUAAUAAUGACCUAUUUCUAUAUAAAAUAAAAUUAUAUGGAAUUAUGUGGAAAUUAUUUUGUAUAUGAAAUAUCAACUCAUUUCACAAGUAUAAAGACUGUGCUUGUGCUUUUUUGUGAGUGGAUAUUUUGUAAUAAACUAAUGAACUAGAAAUGUUUUUGUGGAGGGAACUACUGUUUCAUGCUAUAUACAAUUCAAAUUAUUAUUUUUUCCAUUUAAUGAUGGACAGUUGUCUUUAUUUGUAGAAUAAAAUAAAAUAGCUACAAGGCUUUAUUGCAGGACUUGCACACA